AUGGCAGCCCCAGAGCAAAACAGCCUCUUCCCUCCCAAUCCCUGCCGUAUCCCCGGCUACAAGGGCUUUGUCCCCCAGUACAAGUACCAGUUUGGAGAGACCUUUGGCAAAACCACGUACCAGCUGCUGACGGACCUGGCCGUUCCGAAGAGACCUCAGCCCUUGCUGGCACCACUGCACUGACAGAAGUUUGGUGAGGACUUCAUCAGGACUAAGCAUGGUGUUCAGGGUUAUCUCCCAGGGCGUCCAGGGUACUUCCCCUGUGAGAAAGCCGGGGCCGCAGCAGGCUUUGCCAACCCAGCCUUUGAGCCAAAACCUCCCUCGCCGAGGCUGGGGCCGGCAGAGGAAGAGAUGAUGAUGAUGGACAUCAUCAGAGUGGCUGAAACUGUGGGUGUGGAGCAAGAUAAUCAGUUACCACAACUGGAUGUGCCAGUGAUCCAACAGAAAGUCAUUUCAGGGUACGCUGGAUUCAUCCACCUCGCCUGCGUUAAUGGCGUGAGCUACAUCCAGAGCGUGAAGGAAGCCAUGAACAAAUUUGACUGAUAUCAGUUGCUGCAGAGAAACCCAGACUGCAGCGUUGGCAAGAGAUUUCCCCAAACGUACUGGCCUGACAACAGAAUUUACACCAGCACUGGACUGAUACCUUACUACACAGGCUUCGUACCAAACCUCCGACACACCUACGUGCUUACUUUUGGAAACAGCAGCCGACAAGCUUACCAAAAGGAACAAAGGAGACGAGCUCAUGCACUGUGAAAAAUGCUUUAAUGGUGCCUGUACAGCAUCUGAAGUGACUUUGAGACAGAAAGAGGAACACAACACAGAGAAGUUUUGAAUGAGAGUUCAUACAGCUUUAAACAA